CCAUACGUGGCGAGACAGGGAGAGAGAGAUGGGUCCGGGAGAGGGGAGGAAGGAAACCCUAGUAGAAGCGGCGAUUCGGAUCCUCAACACACCCGACCCGUUCGAGAAAGCCCGUCUCGGCGAUUCCGUCGCCACCCAAUGGCUCCACGGUCUUAUCCUCGAUCCCUACGACCCCUCCGCCGACCUCCCCGUCCCCGACCGCCCUGCUCGACUCGCCGACGUGAAAUUGGUGUCUCCGAGUUUGAUGCCGAAGCUGGGGAAAGCGGGAAGCUUACAGAGCAGGCAAGCCAUUGUGCAUAGUCUUGUUCAUACGGAAAGCUGGGCUAUAGAUUUAUCAUGGGAUAUAAUUGCUCGUUUCGGGAAGCAAGAGGAGAUGCCUAGAGAUUUCUUUACGGACUUUGUUAAGGUGGCUCAGGACGAAGGGCGUCACUUCACCUUGCUUGCAGCUCGGCUGGAGGAACUAAACUCUCGUUAUGGUGCAUUCCCAGCCCACGAUGGUCUUUGGGAUUCUGCAACCGCUACGUCUAAGGAUCUAUUGGCACGUUUGGCAAUUGAGCAUUGCGUUCACGAGGCUAGGGGACUCGAUGUUUUGCCUACGACGAUAUCCCGGUUCAAGAACGGAGGGGACAACGAGACAGCUGAUUUACUGGAGAGAGUGGUUUAUCCAGAAGAGAUCACUCACUGUGCCGCCGGAGUGAAAUGGUUUAAGUAUCUCUGCACGCGGUCAAAGAGCUUGGGUUCGGCCUCCAAUGGAGGAGGUGCGGACGAGGAGAUAGUGCAGAAGUUUCAUUCGGUGGUGAGGAAGCAUUUCAGGGGUCCAUUGAAACCGCCUUUCAACGCGGAAGCGAGAGAAGCUGCAGGGUUUGGCCCUCAAUGGUAUGAGCCUCUCGCUUUCAAACUGUAACAAAUGCCUGAACCUUAAUAUCAAUCUUUGCACAGUUGAUAUUAUAUGAUAUAAUGAUCAAAUUCGGUUGUGCUUUCAGUGAA